UUCAGCAGAACAAUCCAAAACUGGAAUGGUCACUGAUCUGUUCUGUGGAUACCUUUGGUGAAUGGGAUGUCACUCCACAGAUCUUCCAUUAUGAGGAAAAGCUGAGCUCCUUCUGAUUAUUUGGAAUGAAAUACUAUGAGGCUUAUAUAUAAUUCCUGGAGCUUCAGUUUUUUCCUGUGAGUUACUUAUAUUUCUUGUAUGGGCAGAGAUGGAAGCUGAAUCAACAAUACCGAUUUGGCAGAACAAACCCUGUGGUUCAUCACGCAGUUUUGUGAGAAGAAUUGGGACAAACCUUCCUUUAAAACCAUGUCCUAGGGCUUCCUUCCAGACACUACCAGACAUUUCUGAUUUCUAUUUCAAUGACACCCCCCCGGUCCCCACUCUGGCAGAUGUUGCCUGGAUUGCUUCUGAUGAUGAAGAAACAUAUGCUAGAGUCAGGACAGACACCCGUCCACUGAAGCACAAAUGGAAACCCACCCCACUCUUCGUUAUUCAGCGGAAUGCUUCUGUCCCAAAUUUGAGGAAGCAGGAAGAAAAGUUGCUGGCUCUGAAGAAACCCUGUUUACCUGCCUUGAGUCGAACCACAGAACUCCAGGAAGAAUUGAGUCACCUGAGGAGUCAGAUCGCUAAAAUUGUCGCUGGAGAUUCAGCUUCCUCUUCAUUAACUCCCGAGUUAUUAUCUCCAGGAAGUUCAAAUGUGUCUUCUCCCUUACCCUGCUUUGGACCCUCAUUCCAGUCUACAACUUCCUUUGUCAUUAGUGAUAUCACAGAGGAGGAGGCUGACUUAGAAAGUCCUGAACUUCCAUCUGUUUCCAUGCUUUGUUCUGCAACCUCUGAAUGUUGCAAAGCUGACCCGAAGGAUUCUGACGACGACGACUCAGUGUCUCUCUCAAAGGCCAGUAGUUUUGCAGAUAUGAUGGGCAUUCUUAAAGACAUUCAUAGAAUGAAACAGAACAAAGACUCGAACAGAAGUUUACUGAAAGAAGAGGAUCCUGCAAUUCUUAUAGCAGAAGUUUUAAGAAGGAAAUUUGCUUUGAAAGAUGAAGAUGUAAAUAUGAAAAAGAACUGAUGGCUAUG